CCUCCAGCCACCAGCUCUGCCUGGCUGUAGCUGCCUCCUCUGCUCGGCAUGGCACUGCCUUGGGCCCUCGCAGUCCUGAGCCUCCUGCCUCUGCUGGACGCCCGCAGCCUAGUGUGCACCAACGUGACAGCCAGGCCCAUCACCAAUGCCACCCUGGACCGGAUCGCUGGCAAGUGGUUUUACGUCGCCUCAUCCUUUCGAGACGCCGAGUUCAAGAAGUCGGCCCAGGAGAUCGAGACGGCCUUCUUUUACUUUGCUCCCAACAAGACAGAGGGCACGAUAGAACUCAGAGAGUACCUAACCAUCAAAGACAAGUGCGUCUAUAACUUCAGCUACUUGAACAUCCAGUGGGAGAAUGGGACCCUCUCCAAAUACGAGUCUGGAAGGGAGCAUUUUGCUCACCUGCUGCUCCUCGAGGACCCCAGGACCUACAUAUUUGCUUUCCACCUGGAAGACGAGCAGAAUCGGGGAAUGUCCUUCUACGCUGACACGCCGGAGCCCACCCAGGGGCAGAUGGACGAGUUCUACGGGGUACUCGCCUGCCUGGGCAUUUCCAAGUCCGAAGUCAUGCACACCGAUUGGAAAAAGAAUCAGUGUGAGCAGCUGGAGAAGCAGCACAAGGAGGAGAGGAGGCGGGAAGAGGAGUCCUAGGAGGACGUGGCCUGGGGUCAGGACCUUGGGGACCCAGCCCGCCCUUUGUACCUCAGCUCUUCCCUGCACUUGCAUCAAUAAAACGUCUGCAUUUAGAACAGUCA